CUUUCGGGACGUUUUCAUGUUAUGAUGUGUCUGGCUUUACAUUGCCAAAUGUAAUGACCUUCUGCUUACCGCUGCUUACUAAUAAGAGCUCCUGUUUUUUUUUUUCGACAUUAUGAUAUGACAUCAAGGUAUGUUUUCUUAAUUUUUUUCGAAUCUGUUUGUAACAGAUAAGCACUGCUUGUGCUGGGUGCACAGUUAGCAUGUUAGCUUUAUAAAAUUCAGUGUAAUUUAAUUCAGUUCAGCGGCUUAACUUUAAACGGAUCUGAUUUAGACAGCACUGCAGCGACUGUCCUCAAACGAACGGUUAAAGUUUUUUUUUAAUGAUUUGAAUUGUAACUUAGGUAAAAUGUUGACAAGUAUAAUCGAACUUAACAUUCUUCGUAACUUUGGGGGUAGACAGUGAAGUGGCCUCCUGCAGGUGUCCAGCAGCGGCCCACUCUCUCUUCAACACCCCCAAGACAUGUUGCUGGUUCUGUUCUGGGAGCCCAGUCAUUUCACUGGUCUGCACAUAGACUGAAGAAACGUCCUCAGGAUGAGAGUCCACCAAGAGAACUUGAUUUGGUUUGUUAUGACAUGAGAGACCUGAAGAAAGCUCCAAAGCCUGCCCCCUAUAUCGGAUUAUCUGGUCUCAUACCUUUUGUAUCCGCUCCUCUACUUAUUGCGGUCACAUUAUACCUUCCUAAAGUUGAAUUUGCUCAAGUUGCAUAUGGAGCAUCUAUUGUUUCUUUUGUUAGUGGGGUACGCUGGGGUUUCGCCUUGCCUGUCGGGAGUCCAGCAAAACCUGACUGGCUCAAUUUAGCCAACAGUGUGGUUCCCUCUCUGACUGCUUGGACAUCACUACUCUUUUGCCAUGACAUUACACAGUCUUCUGUGAUUGUGAUAAUGCGGCUCAGGAUAGCAUUGCAUUAUGACCUGUCCCACCUGCCCACAUAUCCCAUUAUUAUUAAAGCACUGAGGACUAUCCUCACAGUUGUAGCCCUUUUCUCUUUAAUGGGCACUAUUGUCAUUAAUCAGUAUUAUCCUGAGAAUAAAUAUUUCUCUGAAAAUGCACAUUUGAAUUGUCAAGCCAUUAAUAUUAAAUAAGUUAAAAGCGUCGUCACUCAUAAAGUUCUACCAUAUUCUUCA